AUGGGACAUAAAGAAAGCCAUACUUACCUCCACAUACAACUCCUCACCGUCCUCCUGAUUGCCGGCGCAAUUGCGGCCCUCGUCGUGAUCCUCUAUUACUGUAUGACCGUCCUUUGGUUCAACAACCGCACUCACAGCAGCACUUCACUCCUCUGGCGGAGAACCCCAUUCGUGGCCGCACAACGAGGAGAACAACAACAACAGACUCCGAGCACCACCAGCACUACCACCAUGGCAGAGAACUCAAUGAACGAACUCAUCCCAGCCCACAAGUACUGCAAGGGUGGUCGUCACGGCACGGUGGCAGUCGGAGGAGAGGAUGGGGAUGGGGACGAUGAUGGCGUGUGUGCGGUUUGCUUGUGCGGGUUUGAAGAUGGGGAAGAGUUGAGGACGAUGCCAGAGUGCGUGCACUCGUUUCAUGUAGAGUGUAUCGAUAUGUGGCUCUACUCUCACUCCACUUGCCCCCUCUGUCGUACUGAUACCCCAUCCCCAUCCCCUCACUACAAGUUUACACCCUUAUUGGAUUCGGCUUUUCGAGGCUCCACCAUCCCACCAUCAGCCAACCACGUUGUACCCAAUUUUAGUGUGCUUUUUGGGAGUGUUAUGAUGGUCUAA